AUGAACGCAGCUCUCUCUAGCGUCCGUUCGCGUGCGCUCGAAACCGUUGCGCAUCUUUCGGGUCAACAGACGUCGCUCCCCACCGCAACAUCACCAUGGCGCCACCCCUCCUUCUCCUCCUCCGCCUCCACCAAGCCCAAACGAAGCUUGGACCGGCCACGACUCUUCAUGCGUGCUUCCGACCGCGAGGAUGAUACGGCCGACGCUCGUGCGCAGUCGUGGGACGCGGUGGCCCCCUCGCGCUCCACCUUGCUCUUUGUGCUCGGCUGCCUGGCGUGGUACACGUCGUCGUCGCUCUCGUCCAACACAUCCAAGGCGCUUCUAUCCAAGGGGCGCAACACGGAUCCUACGCUACACUCGGCGCGCCCACCCGCAUUUCCGUACCCGGUCACGCUCACGCUCAUCCACUUUGGCUUUGUCAACGUGUGCUGUGCCAUCUGCGCCUCGCAGCGUCUGCUCGGCAGCCGCGCACUCACGCGCCUCGUCAAACCGUCGUUGGCGCGCGUAAAGGACGUCGCACAGCUGGCAUUCUUCAAUGUGCUCGGACAGGCGCUCUCGUCGCUCGCCAUCAGCCGUGUCCCCGUCGCCACCGUGCACACCAUCAAGGCACUCUCGCCGCUCUUCACCGUGCUCAGCUACACCUACCUCUUCAACGUGACCUACUCGUCCCAGACGUACCUCUCGCUCGUCCCGCUCACCGCAGGCGUCAUGAUGGCAUGCACCGGCUUUGCGUUUAAUGCCGACGACGUCGUCGGAUUCGGCGCCGCGCUCGCAUCCACGUUUGUGUUUGUGGCGCAAAACAUCUACUCGAAGAAGCUGCUGCGCAAGGCGGACCGACAAUCGAGCGACGAAAAGAUGGACAAGAUCAACAUCCUCUUCUACUCGUCGGCGUGCAGCAUCGUUCUCAUGAUCCCCAUGGCGCUGUUCUACGACGCAUCGUCGAUGCUCUCGUCGCCGUCGUGGAGCGCAUCGCCAGCCUACCCGCACGACCGUGGCAUGCUGGUGCUGUGGCUGCUGCUUUGCAACGGUCUGGUGCACUUUGCGCAGAACAUCCUCGCGUUCAACGUGCUGGCCAUGGUGUCGCCCGUGACGUACUCGAUCGCGUCGCUGCUCAAGCGCGUGUUUGUGAUUGUGCUCGCCAUCAUCUGGUUCCGCCAGUCGGUGUCGCUGCUGCAGUGGUUCGGCAUCGCACUCACCUUCUACGGCCUCUGGAUGUACAACGACAGCAAGACCAAGAACGACGUCGACCGCGGCGAGAAGAAGGCGACCCGACGACAAGACACGCCGGUCGAACAGGCCAUCUUGCCGCUCACUGCCGUGCCUUCCGUGCCGGCGGCGCAGUCGGUGGGUGUGAGCAGUGCAGGCAUGCAUGCGCGUCCGCCCAUGUCGGCGAAUCGUGUCAAUGCUCCGAGCUAUGCGGCGCCGCCGGCAUACGUGCCGCCGCGAGUGGGCGGGUGGAACGACGUGCCCACCGCCAUGCUGGGCGAGAAGAGCUACAUCCACGACCCGACCAAGUCGCUCCCCAGCCCGCCGGACAGCGACAAGGAGACCUGA